UUAUUGAUAAUUCCCAACAAGAAGUUUGAUUUGUACCGGGCCGGGUAAUUGUGCUGAAGAUUUUGAGUGCUACUAGUAUUGGAAUAUUGGAGUUGCGAGCUCGUGUGGUGCGUCGUUUACAAAGCAGAUAUGUUCUCGUCUUUCAAAAAUGCCGAGAAGGUGCAUCGGCGUGCCCAUAAGGAAAGAGGGCAGUUGAGCUCGAGGCAGAAGGUGGGACUUUUGGAGAAAAAGAAGGAUUAUAAGCAGAGAGCAAGAGAUUAUCACAUCAAGCAGAAGCGAAUAAAGGUUCUCAAGGAGAAGGCGCGGAACAGAAAUCCAGAUGAGUUCUACUACAAAAUGAUCAACUCGAAAAUGACGGAUGGCGAGCACUUCCAGAAGAAUAAAAUUCCACCUCCAGAGAAGAAAGAGAGAGUGCGUGCACUCUGCAGGGACCUGUUUCAAAUUGAAGGCGAGAGGCGGAAAUUGGAUAAGGAAAUCCAGGAUCUUCAAGUGAGCCUGAGCUUAAUGCCUGGCAUGCCAGAUCAUGACAAGCGACGGCAUGUGGUAUUCUUUGACGAUGACAAAGAAGCCGAGCAGUUCAAUAACAGUGCGGACAAGCAAGCCGAGUACUUUGACACGCACAAGGCGCUGCUGGAGAACCCUGCCAACCGUAUGCGCUCCGAGCAGCUUGCUAACGACGAACUGCCAACUGUGCACAGGAGUAUUCGCAAGAAAUCCGAACGCCAAUACCAGAGCAAGAUGACACGGCUUGACGAGGCGCUGAAGCAACGGAAGCAACUUGACCACGAGUACAAUCAAAUCACGGAACGCAAAAACAGUCUAACAUUUCGGCGGAGGCGAGGACUGCAGAAAACCAUCAUACCUACACAUCGUCGCAGGUAGACGACACAUGUAGCCCAGCAGCUGCUGGCCGUAAGAGUCCCGGGAAUGAGGGCUGCCUAUUUUCUUUUGCACAUAGAACAACUGUACAUAGAAGGUUUCGUUAUUGUGUUUAUGGUUGAAUAGUUUAUAGUGUAUGUUUGCGAGGUCCUUAUUUAUGUCCGCCGUCGCCUGUGCCUGAUUAUGCAUGGGCCGUGUGGAGAUUGUACAUAAGUAUUACAUAGGCUGCAGUUUGGAAUUGCACUGUACAUUGCCAGGCUAUGACAUGUUGAUAACUGUAUGCACUAGUUGUGUGUACCUGUACAGUAAUUGUAUAUUGCUAUGAAUGAAGCUUGAUGACCUUGUCCUUUCAAAACCGGUGAGCAAUGA